UAUGCUUCGCUGCACAAAAGCAACAAGUUAUGUUUUAGACUUAUUGCUAUAAACGGUGGAACGCAACUAAAACGGUAUAGCUCCUUGUUUGCUCUGAUGAUAUUUUUUACAACACUGGUGAUAGUAACAAGCAUAAUCCUAAUCGAAACUCGCUCUCUUUCUGCUUUAAAAGAAAUUCCGAAAUUCCCGCGGCUAACAGAAUUUUUUAAAAAGAAGCCCGAGUAUAGCAAAAAGUCCAAACUCAGCCAAUGUGAAGUUGAUAUCCGUAAAGAACAAUGUGCAUAUAUAGCUUAUCCAAAACGACCACACUGUCUGGUUCUAAAAAACAUUAUAUCAGACUUAAUACCACAAUACAAAGUGUUACUUAACUCGACAGAGCUAAAUGAUUUUAAAAUGCAAAGUAUCUCGCGUUUGCUUGUCAACACAUGUUCUAGAAAACUUACAAUAAAAACAGAAGCUGAUGGAAAAUUUACUAUCAUUCCAAAAGUUCUACAGCUAAAAUCUGUCGAAGCAGGUGUGUCAAUUCCAAUACCACUAGGUGAUUACCAACUUUUUGGCACUGGAGAAUGGAAUAUGGCUGACAUAAAAAUGAAAAUUAAGUUUUCAAAGGAAGAUUAUGAUCAGUAUACUAUUAGUGGCUUCUCAGAAAUAGAUUUAGUCUCUAUAUCAAGAAUAAGCGAAAUCUUUGAUUUGGACAUACUUCCAAAAGGGCCUCUCACUGAGUUGCUGAGAAAUAUACAUUUAGAAAACCUUACACUUCGAAAAUGCAGACUGUAUGGAUUUGUACAACCUCUACGGAAAAACUAUGAGUUAGUAAUUACAGGUUCACCUAACUUAGAAGAAUUUGAGCGUGGUAAUAUGAGAAUUUUUAUUACAAAAAACAACGAUAAAAAAAAUUUAGCUUUUUUAAUUGAACUUCAAGAUUACUCGCCUGUAACUCUUCUUUCAAAAAUAUAUGGUCCUGUUAUAAAUCAAGUUUCAAUUUUACGUGACCGAAAUCAAACAAUUGCGUUAUAUGUAUCGUUACUUCCAACAGCUAAUUUUUCCACAACCUUUACUUCACACGGGAGCUCUAGAUGGAUUCAUAGAGAUUCUAAUUUUGGUCCUGGGGCCUUUUUGCUUGUAACUUUGCCAUUCCCUCGGAGAAAAGCGCUUGACAUGCAAAUACAGCUAUACUCAGAUGGCUUGGGAUUUAGCUUACCUGAAAACGAAAAUCUUCCUGGAGAUUUAGCUCUUGGUGCAAUCUCUCCAGCAAAAAUAAUGCAUAUUGGCGUAGACAAAAAAGCUGUACAAAAAAACAAAGACGAUGAAAAGUAUAAGAGAAUUAAAAUACUUAAAUUUAGGUAUUUUCUAUUUAAUGAUACUUACUUGGCAGCUGUAGAAUCCCAUUUGACAGAUGAAGAAGAACUCGAGGAACUAAUGCCAGAAAAGCGUUCAGAUUAUUAUAGUGAAAACGAAAAAAACUACAUUUUUGAGAAAUCUCUCGCUGGCGAUACUAACCUAGAUGCAUUUUUUAAACGAGAAGAGUCUGAAACGGGAGCAACUAGGCGCGAUGUAGGAGCAGAAUUAAAGACAAGUAAAAAUUUAAAAAGUAUUUUGUCCAGUAUUGGAUAAAAGUUUAACUUUCAAGUUAAUAUCUUAAAUUUUAAAAUAUAGCGCAUGAACAUAUCAAAAAACAAACAAGAUUCUUAUAAUAUUCUCCGCUUUGAUUUUCUUAUAAGUAAGUUUUACAUUUUGAAAAUAAGUUUUAGCGAUAAUUUAUACAACAAUUUAUACAACAAUUUUCAGUGCACCCACCCCUUUGAUAAUCUAAAGGAAACU